AUGGCGCCCGAGGAACCGCCCGUCCCGCUCCCGUCGGCGCCCCUGCAGACCAUCGCCCCGAACAUCGUGCUACAGCCGCCGUUGUCGCGCCGUGGCAGAGGGCCCGGCCUUGUGCUCCUUGUCGAUGCCGCCUUGCCGCUAGGCCAUAGCGACAAGACGUUGGAUCCGCCGCCGCUACUCAAAUGGGCUGAGGAAGGCUACGCCGUGGCGCAGAUCACGCUUAACCACGACCAUGAGUUCAACGCGGAUUUGCGACGGGCGUUCGCUGCGCUGGAGGCCUUGGACGAGUGCGAGGGAAAUAAAUAUGGCGUGAUAACCUAUGUCCCUUUGCCUAAAGCGUCGUAUGAGAAGGACGACGUCAAUCGAAGCAUCGCUGCCUUUGUCAACUACUCUACCACGCCCUUCUCAGAAGAAGCCACCCACGCGUAUGCACAGCUUCUUUGGCAUGCUACAGGAGACUCUGAGCCUUCCAAGUUGGCCCGCACCACCACACACGUCUAUUCCGAGGCGGCACCCAACUUUGUGCUCCCGGCGCACCCCAAUUACCGCAGCGCUGCCGCCGCUGUCGCCCACACGCGCACGCUGACUUUCCUCAAACCGCUAGUGGGUGGUCCCUUCUUCGACCUCGAGGCUAUCUGGAACGAGCACUGCCUGUACGAGUUCGGCGAGCGCGCAGUGGCCAAGACCAUGGGCACCAUGGUGCAGGAGCCCUACGUAAACCACAUACCCACCAUCACUGGUGGAAUUGGCCGCGAGCGCCUGACCACUUUCUACCGUAACCAUUUCGUGCACAGCAACCCUCCAGACACAAGCCUCGAGCUCGUCAGUCGGACUGUGGGCAUUGAUCGAGUAAUCGACGAGUUUGUGUUCAAGUGCACGCAUGAUCGGACGGUGGAUUGGCUGGUGCCGGGCGUCCCGCCCACAAACAAGCCACUUGAAGUGCCUUUCACUUCCGUUGUAAACAUUCGCGGCGAUAGGCUCUAUCAUGAGCAUAUUGCGUGGGACCAGGCAACGCUUCUUAGGCAGCUGGGUCUGCUUCCAGAGUAUUUGCCUUUUCCGUACCAAGUUGACGGGAAAGAUCCUGCACCGGGGAAGAAGUUUGAGUAUCGUGUCCCUGUUGCUGGAGUGGAGACUGCGAGAAAACUUGUUGAUGAAAACUCGGUGCAGUCAAACGAGAUGUUCAGCUACGGUAUCCGCGAAGUCGACGCAUAG